UAUGUUUAAAUGAAUUUCUGUUAUCAGCAAAUUAGUAAUACGUACUUUUAGGGAAAAAAGAAAUUUUGCAUAAAACCAAAGUUAAGCCAAAAAUAUCAGGCGAACUCGUUUUUAGUUGAAGCUGGUAGAUAAAACACGUCGGUUCGCGCGAAUAUUGGAAACCAGUCUUGAAAAAUGCAUCGCUACGUUAUAUUUUGUGUAAUAGUGUGGUUGAAAUUAUUUGCGGUGCAGUCAUUUAAUUUAGCCCCUAAGCCAAAUUUGAUUAUACGCGAAACGGUAGUAGAUGAAAUCAAUAAAAUUAAUGCAAAUGACCAGUAUAGUUCAUAUUUCGGUUAUACGAUCGUACUCCGCGAAAAAAGUGUUAUCAUUGGUGCACCACGAGCGCGAACUGUUGAAGCUUAUCGUGAACCUAGAGAAACUGGUGGCAUUUACAAAUACGAAUUUGAUAACAAAACAUUAAAAAAAUUCGAUUUCCAAAAUGAAAUGCCGUCUCAAACCUUCGCUUCGUUGCAAUUGAACAGCACUCAGCAGUGGUUAGGUGGAGCCAUGGACGGUGGGAGCAGAGACGCAGAUCCCUUAAUUGCAUGCGCGCCACAAUCGAAAGCUUU